GCAUCUAGGCUGCACUCCGUCGGAUCCUGCCAGGCCAAGUGGAUAGCGAGUGAAAGUGGUGAUAGCUCUGUCUCUUUUCACCCUCGUCAGUGAGCAGUCACGGAUUCGCGAGCCGGUAACCGGUCACCAGCACUUGUGUUCAAAUCGCGAACGUCGAUCGUCCUUGCCAGUGAGUUCCGUUGCCUUAUUAAUUAGUGACUAACGCUUGUUUGACGUUUUGUUUGAAUUCGUGAAUCGAUCCUCAUUGCUGUAGCCAGAAUGAGAACAUUACUCAUAGUGGUAUGCCUCAUAAGUACAGUGUGGUCCCAGAACCCGAGCACCGUUAGCCCUGGAAAGCAUCAAGACAAAGGUUUAAUUGAAUGGAUUACGAAUCUAUUGGGGGGACCGCAGACCACCACGUCGAAACCGCAAGAUCCGCCUGAGAAUUGUCCUUCAUGCCAAUGUGGUAUACCUCGCACACGUCGACGAAUAGUCGGAGGCUCGGAGACGAAACAACUGGAGUUUCCCUGGAUGGCGGUGUUGCUGUACAAUGGUAGGUUUUACUGCGGUGGCUCCCUGCUCAAUGACCUGUAUGUGCUGACAGCUGGACAUUGUACUGUUGGAUUCCGAAAGGAGAGAAUGUCGGUACGUUUCUUAGAGCACGACCGCACCAGUGCUAACGAGACCAAGACAAUCGACAGGAAAGUGGCUGAAGUAAUCAGACAUAAGCGAUACAAUCCUGGCACUUAUGACAAUGAUAUUGCAUUACUGAAACUUGAUCAGAGGAUUGAUCUUAGCAAUGCUCUAAAGCGAGUUCGAGCCGACGGAACCUCUGAAAGUGGGUCAUCCGAGAGCGGUUCUAAUGAGGACAAAAACGAGGAUGUAGGACCUCGCCCCGUCUGCCUUGCCAGUCCCAGUCUCUCGUACACCAACUACAGUGGUGUCGUCACAGGCUGGGGUACAACUUCUGAGGGUGGGUCGGUGUCCAGUACAUUGCAAGAGGUCUCGGUACCAAUAAUAUCGAACGAAGCGUGCCGCCAAACCACGUAUGGGAAUCGCAUCUCUGACAACAUGCUGUGCGCAGGCGAGCCACAGGGCGGCCGCGACGCCUGCCAGGGCGACUCCGGCGGUCCUCUUCAUAUUCUCAACAGUACUAAUGAGCAGUACCAGGAAGUUGGUAUUGUAUCUUGGGGAGAGGGCUGUGCCAGGCCCGAGACACCCGGAGUGUAUACAAGAGUCAACCGAUAUUUAACUUGGAUUCGGAGCAACACACGGGACGCUUGUUAUUGUCAGUAAACAAAUAUAAAAAGUAUUUAUUAUA